AAGAAAGACGUGAAUUUUGUUCCUUCCAAUCAAGAGCCAAAAGACAAUAAGUUGAAAAAUAAAAAUUUACUUGCGAGGUGACCUAAAUUAACACUAUCGGUUCAACAGUCAUGACCAACUUCACUUGUUUAGAAACGAGCAGUGCAUUACUACAUAACGAAUCCUGGUGUCCUGUAAUUUUUGACAACUUUUUAUGCUGGCCAGCCACACCUCCAGGACAAAAUGUGACUCUGCCUUGUCCUGAAAGAAAAGGCGUUAUUACAGGAGCUAAAGCAUACCGGCGUUGUCGUGAUGACGGCAGAUGGGAAACAAAAUGGGACGAAAAAGAUAAAGAAAAAGGAUUUACUAAUUACGAUAAUUGUUUAUUGCCUCAACUUCUCGACAUAAUAAAAAUGUGCGAAGAGAUAAAAGAAUGUCCACAGAUCACAAGAACAACGAGAAAUAUCGAAAUGGUGGGACUGUCAUUCUCUUUAAUUUCGCUGAUUAUAUCACUUAUCAUAUUUUUUCAAUACAGAGUCCUUAAAAACAACAGGACAAAAAUCCACAAGAAUCUAUUCAUUGCCACCCUUUUGCAGGUGGUUUUUCGACUUAUUAAGUACGUCGAUCAAGAGCUCAAAGCAGGGGAUAGGAUUAUCGAAAAUACGCCCAUUCUUGACGAAGCCUGCAUAACCUUGCUAGAAUACACCAAAACGGCAAUGUUCAUGUGGAUGUUCAUCGAAGGUCUUUAUCUUCACAACGUGAUAACCGUCACAGUUUUUCAAGAAUAUUCCUACAUAAAAAUAUACUUUUAUGUAGGAUGGUCAGCACCUGCAAUUAUCACUGCUGUUUGGGUUUGGACGAUGAAGAUGGUCAGAAGUAAUUGGGGGUUUUAUUAUUUUUUACCCUACUAUUGGAUUUUAGAAGGACCACGCUCAACCAUUAUUGUGGUUAACCUUCUAUUUUUGAUUAACAUCAUCCGCGUUUUAAUAGUAAAACUGAGGGAAAGUCACACAAGUGAAAUAGAACAAGUGAGAAAAGCUGUCCGAGCUGCUAUAUUCCUGUUGCCAUUAAUGGGAAUCGCCAAUAUUUUAUUCUGGAUGGGAUAUCGAUUUACUCAAGCAUGGCAGCUGGCUUUAUGGUCGUACACCAGUUACUUUCUCAACACUUUUCAAGGAUUUUUCGUGGCCAUAUUAUAUUGCUUCUUAAAUGGAGAAGUCCAAACCGCUGUAAAGAACAGUUUCUAUUUACACAUGUCUUUGAGAAACCACGACUAUACUCCUUGCAGGAACUUAACGUUGAUAUCGACAGCUCCCGACCCAGACCAGCACAUUGAAAAAGAGAGCACAAACUGGAUCCGCCACUGCUUAAAACAGAGCAAAAAAUCCCCCGAAGAAAAAGAAAUCAGCGUUUGUGAUAUGAAUGAUCGUCGCAAUUCCGCCAUUGUUACUGCUUUAACGAUGGUGGAAACGAAGCCACUUACAAGAGAAGCAGUCAAUACAUUGCCAAAGUUAUCCAACGACGAAACAGAUACGACGAUAAUAGACGACAAAAGCUCAGAGACAAAAGUGUGACAAAAAAGUGGAAGAUGUUUGGAGCAAAAUAGUGAAAACAGUUCUUGGUCAAGCCGUUUUUGAAGCUAAAUGAAGAGAAAACAGUGUCCAGAAGUGGAGACUACAAUUCUUUAAUAUUGUUUGUUACUUAACAAAAUAUUGUUGUUUUUCGAAAAAAUACGAGGACUCUACUUCACAUUAAAAUAUUCUUGACUAUAUUGUUGUACGCCAAACUGUAAAUAAGUAUUUAAACUCUGUAAUUGAUAUGUCUGUAAAAAGAUGUUAAUAUAUGUUAUAUUUUUCAA